CUUCCAGCAGUUUUUGAUGAAGCUUGAGAGGUCGACCGAACUGCGCCCAAUCCCAGAACGCGAAUAUGUUGAAACCUACAUCAAGGCCUACUACCUUCCCGAGGACCAGUUAGAGACCUGGGUCAAGGACCACAAGAAGCAUGCCUCGGACACGAUUGAAAACCCAGGUCAUCAGUCAUUCCACAUACGGUGGUAAAAGGAGGAAAAAAGUCAACAUUCCUGUUUCGAUGAUCCCCCAUGAUCAUCCCUCCUGCAAACCUUCUAUUGAUAUGUGACCCGUCACAGCAAAACCAGGCGCAUGUCGCACAGAAGAUGAGCCAAAGUGACACCAGGAGAUAAUGGAAGAAAUUGAUGUGCUCAUAUUUCACAAAAGGCAGACAAUAGAGAAUUGAUCAAACAGUCCGUCUCAAGCUGCCAAGCUCAGAGCGACAUGCGCCUGGUUUUGCUGUGACGGGUCACAUAUCGGUAGUUCAUUAGCUUUUGGACAGCAAAAUGAAUGUUCUAAUGAUUUCCAGUCCUCUGAUCCAUCCAACAAUACCCCCCCUAAAAGAAGUUAUGCUUCAACAAAGGUGAAGCAACUGGACAAUUGGAAGAAGUUGAGGUCUGUCCUUGUUGAUGCCUUUUUGGAAUCCCUUGCCCCAAGUUCUUGUUGUUCUGUGUGCAGAGUUGAAUUUUCCGGCAGCAAGGUCUUCCAUUGUGAGGAUUGUCUACCACCAAAAUAUUUCUGCGAAAGCUGUCUUGAUGAUACCCACAGACAACAACCUUUUCACAGGCCCGUAUUCUUGAACCCUCCUUUAACACUAAGGGAGACUUUAAGUCAACCUUUAGCUAAAUUUCAUUUCAAGAACCAACCUUUAUUUCUGGCUAAAGGACUCCUUUAUGUAUCUUCCUUAAACAAAGGUUGGGCCAUUUCUAGAACCUUCCUUCAUUACAGGAAAUGCUUUAAAUUGCUGUAAGGAGGCCUUUAAACAUAAGGUUGGUCUGGAGUAUCCUUUAGUCUCCCUUUAGUAGCCGAUGUGGAAGGAUCUCUUCUGAUAACUCAGCGAUGGGCGAUUAUGUCAACCGACUAGUGCGUCUUUAUGACGUCAAUGUGCGUAUGCCACGCAUCCGGACACUGCUUCCUCAGUUUCGAGAGGAUGAUUUCAGUGUCGACGCCUUUUUUGAUCGAUUUCGGUUCACCAAGGAGGGAUUUAACCAGCUGAUGCACUUCAUUGGCGACGACAUCCCGGAACCUGAGAACAAUCGUGGACACCCCAUAUCACCAAGGACCCAAGUGCUAGUUGCACUCCAUUACUAUGCGACAGGUUCGUUUCAGAUCGUUCACGGAGAUUUGCAAGGAGUGUCCCAGCCAUCGGCUUCAAGAAUUGUCAAAAGGGUUUCAGGACUGUCAGCAAGAAAACGGGCCGAAGUAAUUCGUUUUCCAAUUGGACAGGAAGCUGUUGAAAAUAAAAGGAAAUUCUAUGAACAGUAUGGUUUUCCUGAUGUGCUAGGUUGCGUUGACGGAGUUCAUGUGCCCAUCGAAGCCCCAAGCUUGGACGAACGUGAAAUUUAUAGAUGUCGCAAGGGUUUCAUGUCGCUGAAUGUUCAAGGCAUCGCAGAUACAGAUCUGAAAUUCAUCAACAUUGUUAAUCGAUGGCCGGGGUCAACUCAUGAUUCACGUAUUUUCGAUAACAGCCGGAUUUGUUUCCAGCUUGAACAACGCCAAUUCGAAGGCCUUCUGCUUGGAGAUAAAGGCUACGCUUGCCUACCAUUUUUAAUGACGCCAUUUCGGAACCCAGCUGGCCGUGCACAAAGGCGAUACAACAGAUCACACAAGAGUACACGAUCUGCAGUUGAAAGAAUGUUUGGUAUAUGGAAACGCAAAUUUCCGUGUUUGAAACAGGGUAUAAGAGUGAAGCUUGACACAGCAAUGUCCGUCAUCACUGCGACUGCAGUAUUGCACAAUAUUGCCAUUGAUCUGAAGGAGCCAGAUGUUGGUGAAGAGGCUGAGGCUGAGGAUGACGAUGUCCCUGUAGUCGAUAGGGAUGAUAAUGUCAUGGGUGCUGCUAUCAGACAAACAAUUGUUCAACAACAUUUUCAAUAAGCACAAUUUAUUGACAAUUAUUUUGAUCUGCUGUUCAUGUACAAUGUACCAAAGGGAUUUAAUUGUGCAUCAAAAGUAACAAGUUUACCUAUUACAACUCUGUAUAAACUGGUGAAGAUAGUUGGUAGUCAUCAACAGCAUUGUUGGCUGUGGCGCCUGGACAUGUGACUGCUUGGAAUCCUCGACUAUUCAGCUUCGUCCAAAACGACUGCUGCAACCUGAACACCUCCAUCCGUUGUUCGUGCUCGUCUUUUUCAAAUUUAAUUUUGUUCUCCAGAUACUUCAUCUGGAAUUCGUGCUCUUCCCUCUGCAUUGCCAAAGCUGAAUCAACUGCGUUCGCGCGGUUGCCUACGGCUGAUGGAGAUUUACUACGGGGCCUCUCCUCACGUUUCGAGUACAGCGGGCUUCAGUAAUGGGUGUGUUUGAUUCGUCUAAUUCUUCAAUGACUUGGGGUUCAUCAGAUUCAGAUGAGUCCUCGUAGUCGUCAGGCUUUCCGGCGCUAGCGGAUGGCUUUGUUUUCUUGGCUGAAAAACCGAGGUUUUGAAGAAUUCAAUUUGCCAUUUUGAUUCAAUAGGGACCUUUUUAAACCUCUUGCUUAAGCCAGAAGUAAAACAUUUUUAGUUUUCCGUUUGGUCUAGAUAAAUGCUGAACAGUUUUGUUUUUGUGGCUUCAAUUCCAUAAAGCUGGAAAAGGACCCUAAUUAAUGCUCUUGAAUUCAAUGCAGUUAUCAUGUGUGUGAUGGAUACGUGGUACUUGGAGAACGGAGCCAUAUAUUGGACUGUCAGUUUAAUACGAAGAGUGAAAAGAGUUGAAAAUUAAUUUGAACGAAUUAGUGCUACCUUUUUGUGAUGAGUGUUAUCAGUUAUGAGCCACCACAAUGUGGCAGAUUAUUUAUUUCGAUUAAAACAAUGCUGUAUAGUAUUAAGUCAAUAAUUUACCUUCUGGUUUAUGAUACCCUGUAUCAUCGUCAAAGUCGUUAUCCAGUGGGUGGAGUACUUCGCUACAAUAGGAUGCUACCAUGUGGGAUACAUCAUCAGCGACGGAAUCUUUCUCCAUUGAUCCACCUCCUGUCAGUUGGCGACAUUUCUUUUCCUGUGCAACGUCUUUCUUUGCCUUCACUUUCAAAUUAUCGAUAACUUUCUUAAGCUGUGUAGUAUCGCAAGGUGUGAUACAUGGCUGCGCAUUGAACUUUUUCGUGAUUCUGUCCCAGGCUCCAUUUUUAGCAGUCAGAACCUUAGUAGUAUUUUCCCGCUGGUCUAUAUGCUUUUCCUUAGUGACCAGUUGCAUUAGUAACUGUUUUUCUAUUUCACUGAACCGUCUACGCGAUUUUUGUGUUUUGCCGUCAUCCGGAGAACCGUUGGUUUUUCCUGUUUUCAGCAUGUUGGUUGUCCGCAAAAUUUGAGUACAUUUACUUGUCGCUUCCACAGCCGCACUACCCAAUGAACUCUCAUGUAUUUAGGCCUAGCUGCAUAGACUUCACUUCAGAUCAAGACCACGGCAUAAUAUAACAAUGGUAGUGUAAUCACUAUAGUUAUUACACGAGACUUCAAAACUGACAUCGUCCUGUUACCUCAGAUCAUUAUAAGGAUAAAGGGAGCCUUAUUGAAAGUGUCCCUUAUUCAAAGGGACCCUUUAGCAACUUUGAGGUAAAGGUGGACCUUAACAUAAGGGAGGUUAAAGUGUGGUUCUUGAAUACCAUUUCUUAUAGGUGCCUUUAACAAAGUAACUCCUUAGUAAAGGUGGCCUUAAUAAAGGCCUACUUUAGCCCUAUUUAAAGGUGGGUUCAAGAAUACGGGCCACAGAGUCUAUACUUGGAAGGAAAAAGCUUGGGUUCCAUUUUCUGCAACUAUAUAUCUUCGGGAUGAUGAAUGUCAUAAGGAAUGUUUGGAAUCCUAUAACAAGCAUGUGAUUGUUGUCGACUCCAAAGGACGCCACCACACCGUUGUUGUCAAAUUCUGCAAAUGCGAGGAGGAGCCGACAACACUUAUCCGCCUCCGUCUUUGGCCAGCUUCUCCAAAAAAUCCAAAGAUCUGCUUUGAUUUCCAUCUGAUGGAAAUGCUUCGAGUCCUGUAUCUUCAAGUUCCAGUCCCUGUGUUUGAUUUUUGUGAGUCACUGAAGUAUAUACAUCAUCCUUAUGUUGAAAUAAAUGAUCCGUUUUUGCAGGAUAUCUACAAGGUUCUCAUUAAUGAAACUUUCGAAGAAUACCGUUUCUUUAUUCAUCAGUAAGGUUAUGUCGGCUCCUGAGGAUAUAAAAUGUCCUGCGUGUCCAGUGAAGGAUGAAUAUCAAAGAAUUAUAUCAAUGGAUGUAAACUUUGGAUUGGUGCGAAAGAAGACAUCAGGGAGAAGUGUUGAGGAACCAAAGCACAGUGGGGUGUACUUUGUCGACCAGAAUGAAGUGGACCAAUUUUUGAAAGAGAAUUCAAAAACCCAACCUCCAAAGACUCAGGAUUGCAGUGAUUUCAAGGCUGGAAGCAACAUUCGAUCUCGAAAACGACAUGAGAAACUGGAUGAGACAGCAGUGUUUGGUGCUUCAUGCAGGCACGACUUUCCGUUGAUUAUGUUCAGUCUCAAACAUGGUGAAAGGUUGGCGUAUGCAGUGUUUUUACUGAAGCAGCUUUUGGAGACUGUUGGUCCACAUCAACUAUUUGUCAUGUAUGAUGUAGUUUGCAUGUUGGAGACACACAUCAAGAAGCAUUACCCCCUCCUGCCAAUUGAAGAAAUAAAACUCGCCAUUCCGAUCUUCCAUUGUUAUGGCCAUAAAUUUGCCUGUCAGGUCAGGUAUAGCCCUAGGAGAAACCCUGGAUUUGCACUCUCUGAUGGUGAAAGCUUGGAACGCCUGUGGUCAUACCUUAGGAACUUCUCAAAGAUAACGAAAGAGAUGACACCGACUCACAGGAUCGAUACUCUCACGGACGCCCUUCGCCAUUACGCACGACGGAAUCUAUUCAAACUUGGAUCCUUUCUAAGUUCAAAGAUGCAGAAAGCCCAAGAUGUAUUGAAGACUUCAUCUGAAGAAUUAGCUGUUCUUCUGGCGAGACUGCAAGUUACAAGUGAGGAAGUGAAACAAGUGAUUUCAGCAGAGAUGGACAAUGCCCCAAAAUCAAAAACCACUGGCUUGGAAAAAGGAAUUUCUGGAAAGGAAACCCUAAUGCAGGAGCUACAAAGGCAUUGUACAGAGCGGAAAGUCCUUAUCGAGAUGAUGAAGAAAUAUGCCACUGGACAGGCCAUUGCCGUCAAGCUAAGCAAGAGUAUCUCCAAGACAACAUCUACUGUGAAGAAACUGCUGGGGACAUACAACAACAAUGCCGACCUGACCACCCCUUGCUUUUGAAGAUGCAGUCCAGUUCCGAUUCCCAGGUGCAUCAAUAGAAUCACUAGGACUCUACGUCAGGCUGGAACCUUACUUUCUCUUAAGGAGAGGGCAGAAGAGGAAACUGAGCUCUUACAAAAAGAAAUGAAAAAUGUUUCCAGAUACUAUUGUAGCAAACAUGCUCAACUUGUCUCUGCAUUGCCUAUUGGAGACUGUCCUACAAACCUUGAACUCGGAGUAUCUUCAUUCGUAAUGGCUAAGAUUGUAGACAUCGAGAAGCGUCUUCAUGUCUUUAACACGCAUUGUAAAAAAUAUGUCAGCUUGCAAAUGCCUGAGGUUUCGUAUAUGAACAAUUUGCAGUUUACAAUCAAUCUGUAUUCUCUGAGGAGGAAAUCUGUGAAAUCACAGAAAAUGUGUGCAGAUUUGAGGCAGAACAGGAGAUCAGUGACUAUAUGGAAAAUUCGCCAUUGCAUGAUGCUGAAAGUUGGUUAGCCUCUGACGUUGAAGAUGGAGAUGAUAACACAGUUGCAGAAUCUGAUGAUGACAAUGCUGACCCAGAUGUGAUAUAACUUUUGACUGACUUUGCUUGCUUUCCGGGUCAGUUUGGUUAUUGUAGUGCCUGAUUAAGUGUACUUCAAAUAGGUGAAAUUUUACCGCUGGCCAUAUUUGUUGAUUUACCAAAUUGUUAAAGCGGCACUAUGGAAUACAUGUAGGUUUUAAUCUCACGUCACCCGACGCCAAAUGUACAGUGAAAUGUACAUAGCAUAUCCCGAGUACACAGUCUAACGAGUGCUCGCUAUUACACUGACCUCGCAAAAGUAUCUGUGUUUAACUUGCUCAAAAACCAUCUUAUCGGUAAUUAUAUUCACUGAAACUUCGUAGACAAUCAUAGAACAUGUAUCUACGUACGUCUACUCUGUGCGUUUGAAAACAAUCUGAGAUCAUGGGAUUGUUUUAUGGUAAGCAGAAGUUGGACAAUAUAGUAAAACCUACAUGUAUUUCAUAGAUUGCCGCUUUAAAUAUGUGUACGUUGAAUCUCUAUAGAGGUUCUUGGGAUUGUUCGUUCACAGUACUCCCUCUUUUCCUUCUUCCUUUUAGUAUUUAACCAGCUCCCCAAUUUCAUAAUAAAUACAUGUACUCAGAAGCAGUUUGUGUAAUAACAGCAUAAUAUAGAUACAGAGUAUUAAACCAAAGCAUUUUAAAGUCAUUUUUAACCUUCAAUUGAGCUUGUUAAAAAUUGUUUUGCUGAAUGUUACAACACAGGAACGGGUGUGUCAAGAAUUGGGAACAGCUGCCCUUUGCCAAUUCUAUGAUCUGAUGGUGGCGCACUGUCAAUGCUUCUUGGCAUACUAGAGGAUGAAUUCAAGAGUUUCCGAUGGUGGCCUGAACUGCAUUGUCCAGGAUGGCUUCUUGGCAUACCAGAGGAUGACUCUUCAAGAUGGUGGCCUGAACUGAAUGGUCCAGGACGGCUUCUUGGCGAACAAGAGUAUAAGUAAUCAGGAGUUUCUGAUACGGCCAGAACUAGAUAUUGUACAUGUGCAGGACGGCUUCUUAAUUUUUCUGUAAAGCUGAUGUUAGAUGAGUACAUACUGUGUG